CAGUACGUUUGCUUCACCCUGGUGCUCUCCGUGCCGCCUCAGUAUCCCAACAAAGCUCCAGAAAUCUCAAUCAGGAAUCCACGGGGGCUGUCAGAUGAGCAAAUUAAAAAGAUUUUGCAGACCCUCAGAGGUGUUGCUGAAGCCAGGCUGGGGACAGAGGUGCUCUACGAACUGAUCGAGAAAGGGAAGGAGAUUCUCACUGACAACAACAUUCCUCACGGCCAGUGCGUGAUCUGCCUCUAUGGAUUCCAGGAGAGAGAAGCCUUCACAAAGACCCAGUGCUACCACUACUUCCACUCCCACUGCCUGGCCCGCUAUGCCCAGCACAUGGAGGAGGAGAUGCUCAUGCAACAGGAGGAGAGAGAACAGCACCUGACGCCAUCCCCCAAAAAGGAAGCUGGUGUGCAGUGCCCUCUCUGCCGGGAGACGCUGGUCUACGACCUCUGCGCUCUGAAGGCGGCACCGCCCCCACAGCACCCACUGGAGCCAUACAGGCCAGACGCCAAGACACUGCAGCACCAGGAGGAACUGCGCUUAAUUUUCAAGAGACAGCAAGAGAAAGGGGGCAUCAUUGACCCCGAAGCAGAGAGGAACCGUUACUUCAUCAGCCUCCAGGCGCCUCCAGCUGCUGUCGACCCAGGCCAGGCGGCUGCUGUCUCUGAGCUGCCAGUGAGGGCAAGUGCUGGUGGAGGCCAAGUGUGGGAUGUGCCCCAGCCACCCAGCCAAGCCUUGGCUCCAGAGCCAGCUGGGGCGCCGGAGGCCAGAGCAGAAGCUGGGCAGCCUGAGAGGCCUGCUGUGCCCAGGGAGCAACAGAGCAAGAGGGAGAGGCACAGAGGGGAGAGGCCAGGCCCCAGAGGCCAGGGCAGGCAGUCGUGCAGUGGCUUGCAGGAACCAGCAGAGGAAGCCUUUCAUCCACUCCAUGGCUCCAGGGGGCCCAGGGCCUUCAGCCAGAGACCAGAGCGGAAACCUGGUGGGAGGCACAGUCAGGAGUUUCCAAAGCCUCACAGCAGAAGCAGGGCUGCUGCCUUGGCUGAAAGAAAGGAGUUGUGCCCUGAAGACCCCUCACCAGUAACAGAGGCAGUGGACUUGAAAGAGGAGCACCAUGAUGUGGAGAGAUGGACCCCAGAGGAGGGGGCUGAGGCUCAGGGCAGGCAGAAGGAGAAUCUGGCGUUCAACUGCAGUGACCACAGAGCAGCUCCCAGCUGGCAGGGCCACCACAGGUCCUGGGAUUGUGGGAGGUGGGAGAGGUCCAGAGUCCAGGACCGUGGUUCCUACCCCAGAAUGCCAAGAGGGCGAGGGGUAUUCAGGCCGAGCGGACGAGAUGCCCAACACCUUGAGAAGGAGAGUGGCUCCUAG